AUGGACUCGUCUCUGUUUACCGCCGCUCGCAUUAACAAGUUCUUCGGAACAAACUUCCAUGUGUGGAAGUUCAAGAUGCAAAUGGUGCUGGAGGAGCGAGACCUGUGGGACGUCGUGAGCGGCGAGGUCAAGAUCGAGCACUGUACAAGUACUUUGGACCAAGCGACGUUCAAGCGAAAGGCGCUAGCGAUAAUCUGUCUUGCGAUGGAGGAUUCGCAGUUGCCACUGGUUCGCUCGGCGAAGGACGCGUAUGAUGCAUGGUCACGUCUGGAAGGACACUACGAGAAGAAAAGCUUGGCUAAUAAGCUCAUUCUUCGUCGCCGGUUCUUCACGACAAUGAUGGGAGAAGGUGAUGACGUGCUGGAGCACAUCAACAGACUCAAGACUCUGGCGGAGCAAUUGGACGCAGUCGGUGCUCCGGUCAGUGAGGACGAUUCGGUCAUCACGCUUCUGGCCAGCCUUAGCGAGUCGUACCAGUUCCUGAUAACAGCAUUGGAGUCGAGAGCCACUCUCUGUCGUGGGAACUAG